CCCGAAUUGAGCCAAUCAAGUGAUGAAAUGGAGAAGCUUCCAGCCAAGAGAACUGCAAAGGCAGGAGCAGAAGUGAUGUCUGGAGGUGGGUGGCAGAUCCUGCAGGGCCUUGUCAGCUAUGGAGAGAAAUUUGGGUUUGAGUCCAAGUGCAGUGGAGGUUCAUGUGGGGGUUUUAAGCAAGAGACUGAUGUGAUUUGACUUGUGAUCCAGCUUCUCUGGCUGACUUUUCUGGAGCUGUCAAGAAAGUUAGAAAACCAGUUAAGGAAUUAUCAUCCAGGUGAGGGGACAGAUAGCUUAGACAACCAGUAGAAGUGGGAUACAAAGAAGUUCUUCAAGUUCAUCCAGAUCUUGGUAGGGAAGUAUAUGAUCCAUAUCAAGAUAAAUACAAGUUAUUUUGGUGGCAGAACUGACAGGACCUAGGAUUGGAUGUGAGGUGAGAAGGACCAAAGAACCUUAGGGCCGUCCUGUGGCUCACUUGGGAGAGCGUGAUGCUGACAACACCAAGUCAAGGGUUAAGAUCCCCUUACCGGUCAUCUUAAAAAAAAAUAGAACCAGGGCUUACUUUCGAGGGUGCCGUGGAUCAAGACUUCGCCGUGCUUGGCAUGGAUGUUUGUGGCUCAUCACCCCCACUCCACCGCAUAAUGAAGUUCCAUUAGGAUAGGGACCCCCAUCUCUUUCCGAUCCUCAUUGUGUUCUAAGCACCUAGUAUGGAGUCUGCACUUAAGUUGUAUGAACGAUAGUGAUAUUUAAAAAAAUACUUAAUGAAAAGAGGAGGCAGGUUUGGAGGAAGAAAUCAUACAGGAGCUCAGAUAAAUCUUGUUUCCUGUUGGAGAGGAGAUAUCACCAACACACACACCCAGUUUAGGUGCCCCCAUCUUGGCCUUUCACUCUAACUACCCCUUUGUCUAUGUCGCUUAGUAGAAUGGCUGCUCCUCCAGUGCGGGGGUGCAUCUCGUUUCCCAUAUGCCUGGCACAGUUAGUGGCCCAUAGUGGGUUCUCAGCCAAGAUUAUUUCUGUCGCAGCGGUUUAUAGUGCUAAAAAGGUAAUUUUUUAUCUUUAGGCAAUCGGGGCGGGGUGGGGCAAAUUUUGGCGCAACCACUAGGGGGCGAACUGGGACAAGCAGAGCGCUCGCCGGACCUAUGUUUCUGGUCUCGCUGCGUCACCGCAGGGCGGGGCUUGGACGUCACGACUGGCUUCUGCGCUUGCCCAAGCGCCUCGAGCCAGGGGUGGGGCUUCCGAGUGUGGGCGGAAGUUGCCGAGAGUCCUCGGCAGCUUUGCCUCGCCUAAACUUCUAUUCCAUCGGUUCCAGGCGGAAGUAACCGAAGCGUCGGAAGUAACUGAAGCGCCGGAAGUUCCCGUGCUACCGCAGGAAAGCGUUAGCGGGUAGCACGCGGCGCCAGUUGCCAUGGAGCCGGCCGGGCCCUGCGGUUUCUGCCCGGCCCGGGAGGCCCAGCCAGCGCGCUACACCUGCCCGCGCUGUAACGUGCCCUACUGCUCGCUGCGCUGUUACCGGGCGCAUGGCACCUGCGCCGAAGACUUCUACCGAGAACAGGUGCUGGGAGAGCUCCGCGGCCGCAGCGCCUCGCCCAGCCGCCUGGCUAGCGCCCUACGCCGGCUGCGUCAGCAACGCGAGACCGAGGACCAGCCCGAGGAAGCAGGCCUCAGCCCUGGCCCGGCGCCCGGCGGCCUCUCAGGACUCUGGGAGCGGCUGGCGCCGGCGGAGAAGGCGACCUUCGAGCGGCUGCUAAGCCGCGGCGAGGCCGGGCGGCUGCUGCCCCCGUGGCAGCCGUGGUGGUGGGGCCACGGGGCCGGACCACGGCUUCUGGAGGAGCUGGAUGAUGCUCCGGGCAAUGACGCUGCGGAGCUGGAGCCCGCCCCUGCGAGGACCCCGCUGGAAUCCGUGAGGAAUGCCCCUGCUGCGGAGCCCGCGGCCGCCGAGCCAGUUCUUGGAGACGCCCCGGGGGCCUGCACGCCCGCCGUGCCCGCCCGCAUCCCCGCGCUGGCCAGCCUGAGCCGCGGCCCGGUCUCUCCGCUCGUGCGCUUCCAGCUGCCCAACGUGCUGUUCGCCUACGCGCACACUCUCGCCCUGUAUCAUGGUGGUGACGACGCACUGCUCUCCGACUUCUGUGCCACGCUGCUCGGCGUCUCUGGAGCCCUGGGCGCCCAGCAAGUCUUCGCCUCUGCUGAGGAAGCCCUGCAGGCAGCAGCCCACGUGCUGGAAGCCGGCGAGCACCCGCCUGGGCCCCUGGGAACACGAGGUGCUAUGCACGAGGCCGCCCGUAUCCUGCUGGGUUCGGGCCCCGCCAACCAGAAAGGCUACACGCUGGCUGCACUUGGGCAUCUGGCACAGACCCUGGGCCGGGCCCGGAAAGAGGCUGUGGCCAGGGAAGAACGAGAUCGCUUCUACCGGGCCCGGAAGAAGUGCCAGUUCCUGAUGGCCUGGACCAACGAAAAUGAGGCAGCCCUCACGCCCCUAGCCCUAGACUGUGCCAGGGCCCACAGAGCCCAUGCCGUGGCAGCCGAGGAGGUGGCAGCCCUCACUGGGGAGCUGGAGCGGCUUUGGGGAGGCCCUGUGCCACCUGCCUCAAGGAUUCUCAUUGAGGAGCUCCCUGGCUGAACUGGGGACCUUUGUCAUUAAUAAAGCUGUGACUGAUCUGCCCUGUUGGCAGUGCCCA